AUGAUAAGAAAGUGCGAGACUUGCCAACGUGAAAAAUUGACGAGAAUCAGACACAGAGUACCAGGUUUUAUCCCUGACACCCAUAAAGGCCCAAGUGACAAAACAGAUUACAAACGAUCUAGAAAGGUAAUCAAUAUAUGUUUUAACCAAAUAUACUAUAUUUGUACCAAACAACAAGCACAAACAAUAAUAAAAAAAUUGAUGGAUCAUUAUAUUUUCGAAUUUUCCACAACCAAAUCAAUACUUAUUGAUCAGGGCUCGAAUCUUCUGUCAACAGUGAUGAUGGAAUUUGAAGAAGCUUUUAAGAUUAAGCAUAAUAAAAGCAUUAGAUUCCACCUAUUAGGAAAUUUAAUAAGGACUUUACUAAAGACAGAGCUUGUUUUAGAUACAACACUGCAAUUGCCUAGUACAAUAGCUGCUACUACUUUAAAGAGCAAGGAAGAAGUAUUUCGUUUAUGGAAACGUAGACACGAGUUAUAUUUCGCUAGAGUCACUGUAAUAAUAGAGAAUAAUAAAAUUGCAAAUGAAAGAAAUCAUGACACGAGCAUUAUUCAAAAAGAAAAAGAAAAAGUAAUUGACCGAUUAUAUGAACUAAAUGGACUAUGUGAACAAAGCAAUUAUAGAGAACCUCCGAAAAUUAACGUGUUAAAAGUUAAAAUUAAUAAAUUAGAGAAUAAAUAUGUACAUUAUAAGAACUUGCAUUUAGGUGUAAAGAGAGGACUAUUAAAUUUUAUGGGAAACUUUUCUAAAACCUUAUUUGGCACAUUAGACGAUAGGGACCUGGAAAUUAUCAAUCAAGACAUAGGCAAAUUUUUCGACGCAAACAACAAAGUUAUACACAUG